AACUUUGGUUCCACAUGUAAGCCACGCUAAUUUGCUCGGUUAAUUUCCUGCCUUCAACAUUCUGUACUUAACCAUUUUUCCGAUUUCUUUUGCAGCAAUUCAAGCCUUGCAAUCCAACUACCAAUAUCCCAACGUAGAAGCCAUUCGGACCGUGCUCCGUUACAGCCACCGGGAUUGUAACAAGUUGCUCGGCUACACUCUAACCUGCAGAUACUCAGCUCCAUGCCGGAGCAAAGUUACAGACUUUCUCCGUGCUCCAACACCUCCUCCAGACCCAACUCUACCGGACGUGCCGUUAAUCCGGCUGACCGAAGAACAAGAGAUGGCAAAACGAAGCCGCAUCAAGAACCUCCUCACAGCAACCUCAGCCGAGAUACCGAGCAUCAUCACCUACUCUCAAGCUGCCGGACAAUCUAGUGGCCCCAUGGUCGCCUUGGCAUCUCCAGGUGCUGGGCAACCCAGACAAGAAGCUCGCCGGGCUGGCAAAAGGCCUCGCGCAGACCCAACUGCCGAGCUGGUUGCCGAGCUAACCACCAAGCAACCCGCCGACACUGUCAACCGAACACCACCGUGGCGACCGCAGCUAAAGCACCGGGGAAAGGACAUACCGGCUACCGUUUCCAUCAAGGGCAACAAAGAGCACCUGCUCGCCUUUGACCUUUCCAAAGCCCUUCUCCUACCAAGCAAUGUGGACGGCAGCGACCACGUUCCUGACACCCGGUUCGUGAAAUCGUCUGUUAAGUCCAUGGCCAGGGCCAUCCAGAAGCAACACUUGGUCAUGGAGCGAAUCCAUCGACUGCGGCAAAAGGCGAAUGACACCGCCAGCCAAGUCCAAAGCCUUGAAACCGAGCUUGGCCGAGCAAAGUCCUCACUUCAAAUCACCAAUGCUGACAACAACAGGUUGCUCGGCCAGCUUGACGAAGCCGAGAAGAAGAAGGAUGAGCUCUAGGCCGAGCUGGAUGCACUCAAGAAGUCAAGAGAGAAGGAGUGCGAAGAUGCCAACAAUGCCGGCUUCAAGGACGCCGAGGACAACUACAAGAAGCAGGUCUUCGCAACUCAAGACAUUUAUUUCAAAGCGGGCUAGAAGUCUGCCUGCGAACAUCUCGGUCAAGGUCCUGAUACCGACGUGUUUGCCACUCCACCGCCUACCUUCCUACCGACCUAUCUCGUUCCAUAUACCAACGACGUCUUCAGCGUGUUGCAGGUUGAGGCCGAGGAAGGUCUUGAAGAAGAGGCCGAGGCAGAUGCUGAGGGAGAGGACCACCAAGAGCGGGGGCAGCCCGGCCGAAGUGAGCCCAGUGCCCAAGACCAACCUCCAACGAUCAACUUGGAGGCAACCAAGGAUGAAUUCACCAACCUUUCCCCCUUAGCUUAGCUUUCUUUUUUCUUUAUUUUUUGCUUUGCACAUGUAAUCGGGCUCUCUGCCCCUCAUUUUGUACUUCUCUUUUCAUUAAUGAAAAAGAUCUAGUUUCACCAAGUGUUUGCACGGUCCUAGAGCUGAGUAACUUUAACCGGACAAAAUAUCUCAGCAAGACAAAUUUCGUUAAUUAACUCAUAUAACCAAAAUAAAUCAUCUCGGUGAGCAAAACAUCAAGUCUUUCAACCGGAAUAAACAUCUCGGUUGAGA